GGCCAGGGAGGAGCCAGUUCCCAUGGUUAGUGAGCACAACAAACCCAUGGCAAAUGUUCAACGUGGCUUUAGCUACAAGUCCUUUAUAUAAAGGACUGCACUUUGCUGCAGAUUUCUGUUCUACAGACCAAAAGUCACCAUCAGUCUGUGAUCACUGGUGCUGCUUGACCUAUUGAAGGUGCUGAGAGGAGCUGAUCCAUCAGUGAACACCCACUGAACAACCAUCCCUCUGUCAGCAGGUGCCUUCCUGAUGACAGAGCUCCAUGAAGCCGUGGCUGUGGGCGACUAUGACCUGGUGAAAAAGAUUUUGAAGGCAGGGCGCUGUGACCCAAACCAGAAGGAUGUUGACUGGCAUGACAGGACCCCCCUGCACUGGGCUGCUGCCAAAGGGAGGCUGGACCUGGUCAGGCUCCUGGUGGAUCACGGAGCCCGGCACUGCCUGCGGAGCGACGUGGGCUGGACCGCGGCUCACUUCGCUGCCGAGGCGGGGAAGCUGCGGGUGCUCCGCGCCCUUCACUCCCUGCACGCUGCUAUGGAUGCCGCCGACCUCUUCGGAGACACUCCACGGAGGCUCGCGGAGAUCUACGGACACCGGGAGUGCUGCAAAUUCUUGGAAAACUGUUGGCUCAGCUCACAGGUAUUUUCAUCCUUGCAAAGGUGUUUCCCUGGAUCAGGAUGCUUUACUGCAGAGGUUUGAACUGUGUCCCACCCUGCAUCUCUCUAAAGGAGUGGAACAGAUCACCAGAGGCCAACCAGCUUGUUCAGUGCAAGCCACAGUCCCAACACUGCUUUAAUUCAAUACACUGCCCACAAAAGAUAUACUGCCAGACCCUGGAGUGCUGAGAGCUCCCAAAAGUGUUUUCUCCCUGGGUUUUUCUGUGACUUUACAGUCCUUUCAUCAUCCUUCACUGGUAUCUCUUUCACCCCUUCCACAUUUUCAAGACUGCUUUGGUACCUUGAAUAUCCUGUAUUUUUUUAAUAGACGUUUAUCCUACUCAAAGUCUCCAGCUUGCCAGUGCAGCACACAAGCUGCCAAGUUCAAAAUCAGGCAUGGUGAUGGGCAAAUAUCUGAGGAGGCCAGUGCCUCACAAAUGACACUUUUCAUUAAUCCAUAUAAACUUUUCUGUAGGUACUGCUGUCCUUCUGCUGUACUUCUGCAGCUUGGUUCCUGCUGAAAUGCCCCAUGCCCGCCUUUUAUCUUGACACAUCAGAGUCCUUCCAUAAGAAAAUACAACCAAACUGCAAAAUUCCCCUGUACAGAGCCCAGAAAACUUUGUAGUGGAGGCACAAGCUCUGGUUUCCAAGCUCUGGCUCUUGGAAGCUGCUGAUAGCUUUGCAUUUUACCUGCCCACCCAACACAGAAUCAUGGAAUGGUUGGAAGGGACCUUAGAGCUCAUCUCAUUCCAAUCCCUUACCAUGGACAGGGACCCCUUCCACUAGACCAGAUUGCUCAAAGCCUUUUCCAGUGUGAUGGAGCUGAACUGCCAGAAUGGGGCAUCCAGACCAUCAUAGAGCUAAAGCCUUUUUGGUUUUGGAACUGACAUGCUGUCAUCUUCCACUAUUCACCACUUUCCUUCCACACAGAUGUAUCAGCUCUUCUUUCUCUCAGACCUUCAGUUUAAAGGCAUUUAGGCAGCGAGCAGCUGAUAAUGAAGCUUUGCAAAUUAGAUUUUUUUACUACCUAGCCAAUGUCUAGGUAGUAAAGCUCAGGUAUGAGAAUGGGGCAUUGUCUUCCAGUAAAGAUUCUCUUUAUACUCUUCUCAGCUCUUGCCAUACUUAGUUUCUAUACCAGAACAGGUAAAUAUUAUCUAACCUCGAGGGUGAAAGUCUGCAGACUUCUGCCCCUUGGAUGAAAAAUCUAUAGCAAUUACUUGCCUAUUCAAUGCUGUCCAUUUUGCACUAAUGUCACCAGUAAUUCCUGCCAAGUGUGUAGCAUUUGCUGUGCUUUGGAUGUGCUCCAGAGCCAUGGGAGUGAGCUGACAGCAGGGGUAGGGGAACUGCCUGGAUGAUGCCAAACAAUGCCUGUGGCAGGCAGCGACACCUGAGAGAAUGACUGACAGACUGAUUGACAGAAUGAUUGACAUCCUGGUCUGAGACACCUUAGCAACAGCCUGUGGUGACUCAGGUCAGUUGAUGAAGGGCUUUCUGUGGUGAAUGACUGAUUUAAAGUGGAAAAUUUGUCUUUCAGAAACACAUGCUGGCCUGACUUACCCCAUAGCUGCAUGGCUCAGCAUGGCUGGGAGAUCUAAUGACUAGGAAGAUGCUUCAAAUGCCCACUCUAGAACAUUUUAUAAUACACUAAAAGCCUGUACAAUCACCUCAUGGCCAUAACCCAGCCUGUGGGCAGCCAAGAGUUUAUCACUGAAGCUCAGGAAUACUUUUUAAAAUCAGCCACUAUUAUAUGACCACAGUGGAUGCUUUCACUUUCACACACUGGUGUCACAUCAGCAAACUUGGAGUAAACUAGGAGGAACAGUUGUCACUUGUAGUGUAAUUUUGAUUACAGUCUGCUCCUUCAGAUGUGCAGAAGGUCUCAGAGGUGGUGUCCAGGGUCAGGCAGUGCCAAAGGGUACAGGGCAGUACUGUGUGUGGUGCAGACAGAGAAUUAAGAGUGUGCUUACACAAAAUGCUGCACAGCACAGAGCAGCUCUGCUCUCCACUCAGUGGUGUGCGUGGGAUAUAAAUAUGAGGAACAUUUUGUUACACACCCUCCCUGUCAGUUUUGGAUAUUUGCCUGUCAUGCAGAAAGAGAGAAAAGGCAAUUUUUAAAACCAUCUAAGGGUCUGCACCAACUGCAGGGCUGAUGUGCAUAUCUACACAGGCCUCUGAGCAUCCAAAUCCUUCCUGAACCCAAAUUCAGCCCCCUCUAGCACCCCGUGACCCUUGCAUGCUGUUUGUUUGUCCCCAGGUGUUUCCAGGUCCAUGAACUACCUGCCUACCUGGGCUGGGCCACUGAAUUAUGCUGAGGACUGCACCCACAUGGAAAUAUUGCAUGUAUCAACAUGGAAAUAUUAUUGACAUGCAAAUAUUAGGAAUGUUCCACUGCUGAGUAUCAGUUCCACUCACUGAGGUUUGCAUGAACAUGCAAAAGUUAGGAAACAGCUGCUUUCAAAACAGCUGCCUCUGAAUAGCAAAUGCAUAUUUUGCAUUAGAUUUGGUUUGCAUGAGAAGGGAUUUACUCUUGAUGCUAUGAGACCUGCCAAGGAUGGCACAGAGACCCUCUGCCCGUGUCUGCUGCCAGCCUCUCUGCAAAGUGCCGGCUGUUGAAACUGUACCAAAGGGUCCUGCUAUCUCAGAGAAGGGCAUAUAUAUACUCAUGUGUAAACAAACAAACAAAUAAAUAAAUGAAUAAAAAUUUAUAUUUAAAAGUUUAUAGGAAAAGGUUUCUUGCCCUUGGGAACAGAUACUUAAUAGAAGACAAUAGGGUAGUGGAGUUGGAAGGGACCUACUGCUAGUCCUAUGGCCUGACCACUUCAGGACUGACCAGAAUUUAAAGCACCUUAUGGAAGGGCAUUUUCCAAAUGCCUCUUAAACACCAGCAGCCAUGGGGCAUCAACCACCACUGUCAAACAUAGGCUCUGUGGAGACCUGAGAGCACCUUUCAGUACCUGAAGAGAGCCUACAAGGGAGCUGGAGACGGACUUUGGACAAGGGCAUGGACAAGGGGGAAUGGCCUGGGUAGGUAGGAUUAGAUAUAUUAGGAAUAAAUUGUUGACUGUGAGGGUGGUGAGGCCAUGGCACAGGUUGCUCAGAGAAGCUGUGGCUGCCCCAUCCCUGGAAGUGUUCAAGACCAAGCUGGGUGGGGCUUCAAGUAACCUGGUCUAGGGGAAGGUGUCCCUGUCCAUGGCAGAAGGUAUGGAAUGAGAUAAUGUCCCUUCCAACUGAAACCAUUCUGUGAUCCUAUGACAUAGAAAGCCCAGUGAUGAGAUCCAUCAGUAUGGAGCUGCUGGCUUUGCUCUGUGCUGUCAGCUAGAACAGCUGUCACUAAUGUGACAGAAAUGCUCUAUUACAGAAAAAAAAGGAUUUUUCCUGAUAUUGGAUGGUGUUUCUGACAGAGAUUCCUGAAUCUUGAGUGCCUACAAAAUCAGAGCCCUGCAGGAAGAGGAAAGGGUUUGUCUUCUCUUGAGCAAGAUUUACACUUGGAAUGUCCAUGUCUGGAUCCAGGCAGUGCUGGGGCCCAGGGGCUCCCUGUGAGAGGAGGUUGGGGCUGCACCAUGCCGGGCACACUGUGGUGUUUCCUCAGGUGUUGGUGGCAUCGGGGUUUUGACCAGACUGAGACACAACCCCUGACCCUGUAGAUGGGCACACGUGAACAGAGAUAUGUGUGUGUGCUGUGCUCACUCUUGGUUUCUCUCCCAGAGCAGAGGUGGAGAGCAGGAACUUCCGCAGGAAAGCUGCACUGAGAAAAAUCCCCUUAGACCAGAGAGAUGAAGACUGGGAACUCAAGAAAGAAGAGCUUAAGAAAAAUCCGCCAUGUUUUUGGGAGAAGUGUACAGCCUCUA